CUAGGACCCCGCUGCGAGCUGGGGAGGACGGCUGGACUGACGGACGCCUCGGCAGUUCCGCAUCGCGCGGCGCUGUACGGGCCUCGGGGGCGGGGGCGAGCCCGGGACCCGCCAAGUUUGGGAUCCGACUGCGCCUGGCCGGAGGGGGUUGGGUGCUGGUGCGCAGGAUUUGGUGCGGUGAUUUCCAGGUCCUCGGACUCCCCCCUCCCAGCCACGAAGUGUGCAUGUAUUUGGAGGCUCUCUCCACCUUUGGAAACCCGUUCCUUUGGGUUAAGCAUCAGUCUCCCUCGGCGUGGCUUUCAGUUAUAAAUUAUCCUGGGAGAGGUGGGAAUGAAGGCCCAAGAGGAAUGAGUUAUAUCUGUUUGUUGCUUUUCUUGAUAGGAUCCUGGACCCGGGGCAAGGGCAUGGAACAAGGUCCCAGGUUUUAUCCAUUAGGUAAAAUGUGUAGAUCUGAGAGCUGGAGAGAGAGCCCCCAUCUGUUGUAGCCUGGGACCAGUUGGGGCAAGUUGUGUGCACGACUGUGAAGGUGCUAGGAAAUAUGAUGGUACCCAGCGGUCUGGGUGGGCCCCUGGAACCAGUUCUGUAAUUGUGGUCACUCAUGGGCUUGGGCCGACCUCAGGCAACUGUAGACCCCAUGGUUUGAGGGCAGGAGAGGGGAGUGGUGGCGUUGGACAAUGUCUGGGGCAGUCUGUGGCCAGGCAGAGCAGCACUCUGCCAGGACCUUGGUGUCCUUAAUGCCCUGAAGGUCCUGGGGGCAAGGGAGAAGCCAGGCAGAUUGGAUGUUGUGGGAGCAGGAGCAACCUCCUUUGCAGAUCUGGUUGGGUAGUUAAGCAGCCCAAGAACACUGUGGCUCAGAUAUGUCCACUGGCCUCAUGCUCAGGCCUUCUUAUACCACAGUUACCUCUUCUAAGAAAUGAGGGGUUGGACCACUGAUCUUUCAGUUCUUGUAUUCUGGGGUGUGUCCUCACACCAAGUAGCUUCAUGGAGAAGGUGCCAGGAGUGGCCUGGGGGAGUGGUAGGUCACAGUCAGAGAGGAAGAGGAAAGGCCUCCUGUCUUCAUCUCCAGUGCCACUCCCAAAAGCCCAGGGUAUGGAAGCACAGCCCAAAGGUGGGGGCAGCAAGGUUCAGGGUCUGAUCUGGAAGCCCGAGCCUGAGGAACGCUGGCAGAGCGGGUCUGCUCUCGGAAGGACCUAAGGCGCGUGUCUGUGGCCUGAGCAUUUUCACAUUGUGCCGGCACCCUCCCUUUUGGGCACAUGCACAGACACAAACACUCCUCACUCUUCCCCUGCUUUUUCUGGGUAGAGGAACACUACUGAUGGAACCCUCUACCCUGGCCACAGUCAGUUCCCAUUCCCGUUGUAUGAGAACUUUGUCACAGAAGAGUUUAUCUUGGGGCUGAGGUGGUGAAUGGCCUGGAAACCAUCCCUUCCGGAUGUCUAAAAGAACUAGUAUAUUUAGCCAGGAGAUAAAGAGGCACUCAGGGUCAGAAAUAGUGUGUGCAAGAGCCUGUUUGUGCAGCUGGAGGUGCCAGGCUGUGACCUGCAGGUGGACGUUAAUGCAGACAGAUUUGGCUGCAGUAAUAGGAGUCUUAGCACUUAACUCUGUCCCAGCAUCUGUUCCAGGCACUUUUCCUGUGUUAAUUCAUUUUAUCUUCACAACAUCCCUACAAGAGAGGUUGUUAUGAUCCUGGUUUUAUCAGUGAGUUUGCCAAGCCCACGGCUAAUACGAAGCAAAGCAGGGAUUGGAAUUCCAGCAGCCUGGCUCCUGAGGUCAAACCCAAAGCCCCAUACUCUGCCCUUUGGUGUGUCCAGUACGUAGCUGCCGGGUGAGGCCGGCAAUAGGAUUGGUGAGCCCCUCAUUGCUGUAGGUAUUCAAGUAGAAAUUGAAGAGCUCCCCUGUUCUGAGUGGAAGUUGGCAUUGUAUCCUCUGCUUCUUAAAGGGGUACAGCAGUCGUCUGUGAUUUCUAGUUCCCAAACGUGCUGCGAGGACAGCUGGCCCCUGGGGAGAGGUCAGGGUCCUGUUCACCCGAGUAAUUUUCACUUCCGACAGGCCGGGCGUGUUCUGCCCAGUCUCCAGCUCGUGACUGGACUGCACCCUGUGAUUCUAAACUUAGACUGUGUCAGAAUCACCUGGGAAGCUUGAAAUGUCGAAUUCUGGGCUCUGAAAGCACUGAACAUAAUCAUGAUUUAGUAGAUCCAAGAUGAGGUGAGAAAAUCAAUCCCAAUUAAAAGGAAACUGUAAAGUAAAUCAUUUGAACCUAAAAGCACUUUUGUUGUUUUUCAGUUGUUAGGUUAUAAAUAGCUUCUGAUGGGAGACGAGAAGGACACAGAGUAUUUUUCACCCAGUUUGCUAAGCAAAGAAGCUGCCUGUGACUUGAGCUAACUCUCCAACAGAAAAGUACCACUUGGCUCUGUUGGGCCCUUGCUCUUUCCACUGCCUGCUCCAGCCACGACCGUGCCGUUUGGACUCUGCCAUUUAGCAGUGGCUACAGGAUCAUUUAUUUGUACUCAAGACCCUCCCCUCACCCCCCUACCACCACCACCUUAGAAAUCUUGUUAAAUGUUCAGAUUUUAUUUAGAGGUUACUGGGAAUGGGAAUUCUUUUUGUAGAUACCCUCAUGUUCUAUCUCUACAAACUUUACUGGGUAAUAAUAAUUUUCUAAGAAGUGAAAGUUCACUGAUCUGAUGACUGGUUAUAGUCAUAGUCCAGCAUAGAGGAAGGGGCACCAAAAUCUCAGUGCAUCCUCGUGGGUGUUGAAGUUAGAGGGGGAGAGGGAGAGGCAGAUGGAGCUGGGAGGCUGGCCAGGGGUCUGUGCACCUGAUACACAUAUAAAUGCAGCAUGAUGAGGAAAGCGCACAUGCAGAGGAUGGCCCCGGGAUCCCCAGGUCUCGCUCCGAUGGGGAGGCAUGCGGGCUGGUGUCAGUUCACAGCGUGGCUGGUGUUCCCUAGAGAGGCCGGGGAAGGGCUGUGCUAGGUGGACACCCCCUUCUCCACCGUAGCUCAGUAACUGGUGUCAGCAUGUCCUUCCCUUGAGCUAACUUGGACCCGCUGAGCCAGCUCUGUGUGGAACUGCCAGAAGGCGGAGAAGAAAUUGCCUCCAAGGCUGUCCCAACUCGUCUCUUCUUACCGGCCUCCUAUAAAAUGGGGGUAUUCUUGGCGGAACUGUUGUUUUGCAGGUGCAGAGCCUGGUGUUGGUCAGUGACCCCCAGCUUACAGUUCUCAGGGGAAUCGACCUACUGUCACCAGACUCACACAGCACAAAUAGAUAAAUGAGAAUAUGCCAAUUCCUUAAUUUACAGUGAAAAAUAGAGCUGACAGUCAAACUGGAACUGUGUGGUGGCUGACUGAGUCUUUGACUACCUAACGUGACACCUGCUCUGGGAGCCCAGCUCAUGGAGUCGGAGCACAGAGGUUUGCAGGAUGAGCUUGACAGCUGGCAUCGUGGAGCCAGGAUGGCCUGAAGCAUCCAUUGCCAUUAGGAAGAGCCCUGUGGUACAGGACAGACAUUCGCAUCACCUGGGCAAGGCCGGGGACACCCAGGCAAAUUCUUGCCCUCACAGUAUCCUCUAGACUUGGUCCACGGUAACAGUGCCUCAGCGUUGGCGCUGUCUGCCUUUGGGCAGCAGUAACCCGGCUCCAGCCCCUUGGCCUGCCGUCUAGCCUCCCUGACAGGUCCGCAGGCCAGGACCUGGGCAUUCCAGACUCCCCCGUCCCUCAGCCCCAGGCCCCAUCCAGGAGGCAGAUCUUUCCCCCAUGGCUUGGUUUGACUUGUUUUCAGGUUCCGGGGACACUGACUUUGCUCUAAUGUAUUUGUCAUACUGGGAGUUUAAUACAUAUUUAAAUGUUUAAAAGAAAAGAGAGAAGUAAUUGUAACUUCUUGGCGCUUCCCUGCCCGCUCCACACUUUUUCUUGACUGUAACAGUAAGAGAGUGGGGCUUCCAACCCUUUUGACUCUGUGACCCUCUUUCUGAAUGUUGAAAACCUUAGAUUGUGGUCUUUCCGUGUGUUUUAAAAUAAAUUCAGUAUUGCCUUUAAAGGACAUACCCAUAUUCACACAAUAACAUCUAUAAACAUGUGUGCCCAGCCCAUUGGCAGUGUUUGUGCCCUGGACCUGUUGGAACAAGUCUGAGGCUCCCAAGUGUCUAAAAAAAUUAACCAAUAGUUCAUCUAAAGGAAAAAUAGAGAAUUUUGUUUGAGCCAAUGUGAGGGUUAUAACCCAGGAGAGUCUUUCAGAAAACUGAGAACUGUUCUGUUUGUUAGAGAUCGAAGGCACAGUUAUAUACAUUUUAGAGACAAAGGAUCGUUCAUCAAAAUGACACCCUGAAAAAAAAAAUGGCACCCUGACGAUUUUGUAUAACGUUCACCAAAGAUACACUAUCCAGAUCUACACAUACGAAGUGAGCAACUGGUCACCAUGACCUCUUACAGAAUUAGGGAAAAGAAUGAAGAAGGGGGAAAAAACAAAAACAUUGAUUUUUAUGGUGGAGCAGACAUUCCUGCCUUUGAAGUCUGGUUAAUGUCUAAUGCAGAUACAUAUUGCACAUUAGGGAGGGCCCAAUACAGGCAGGGUGUGUAUUAUGCUUAAAUUUUCUUGUCCUGCCUUAAAACCAAAUUUUAUUCCAUCUCAAGUCUGUAGCUUAGACGCGGACUCCGUGACCAAAGUGUCUCCCUGCUCCCCAAGCCCUGGGCUUCCCGAGCCUGUCUGGGGUUAGGACUCUAGAAGGCAGAAAAGGAAGAGGGGGUAGCGGGAGGAGUGGAGGGGAGCAGAAGACAGAGCGAGGCAGGUGGCUGUGGACGCAGUGGGGGGGUGAGGCUGCAGAGCUGGGGCCAGACCGGGUGGUGAGGCCUCCCUGUCAGAGGUGUCAGGUGGGAUGCCCUCUGGGCCCUUGCAGCGCUCGUGUCCUGUCGGGAAGUGUAGUGGGACCCUGUGUUGGGAUCCCUAAGACCACCGCAGAGUCAGUGACUUGCUAGGAACGCUCCCAGGACUCAGCGUAGAGUUGUGUUCACAGCUGUGAUUCAUUACACCAGGAGGAUACAGCAAAAUCAGCAAAAGGCUCAGAUGUGGGCCAAGUCCCCCAGGAAACCCAGAGAAGCUUUAGCACCCCCUCCCAGUGGAGUUACACAGGCCGUACUUAAUUCUUCCAGCAGUGAGUCGUGGCAGCCUGUGCGGAGUGUUCUUUCUGGGGGAAGCUCGCUGGGGAUCUGCGCCCAGGGUUUUCACUGGGGGCUGGCCACGUAGGCCCCCUCUGCCUGGCACGUCCCCAAAUCCUAGAGUCCCAGAAGGAAAGCAGUGUUUUAAACCACGCUGUUUGUACAAACAGUCUGGGCCCAGUGAACCAUCCUUAGAAGUCAGGGAACCAUGGGAACUUUCUGAAAUCAAGUUCCCCGACUCUAGUCUUGGGCCAGCCUUGCAGGCAGGCCUUCCUAGGCCUCAGGCCUGCUCUGCUGGCUCUUCUGUGCAGACCCGAACAUUGGCUAUGCUGUGUCUGUCCUAAAGGCCAGGCAGAGAUGGGAGUGGCCCUUUGAGAGAUGUUUUGGAUGGUGUCUGAGCAUGUUUUGAGAGCGAUUGGCCAGAGGGGCAGAGGUUCAUUCAGGAGAGUCCACCGGCUGCGUGGCUGUCAGGUGGUCAGGAAAGCGCAGUGAGCUUAGAAGGAAGAGGCCGAGGUGUCUGACCACCUUUUGGGCCCUUGGGCCUCUGAAACAAAGGUAGGUAGUCCAUGGAGAGGCUGCCUCCAGCUGGGUGUGUCCUCACUGUGCCAGCGGCCAGAGGGAGACAGGCAGAGCGGGGGCAGGUGCCAUCGGUGACAAGGCCGCGAGUUGGUAGCAGCGACGGUUCUUAAAGUCAUUGACUAAAGUUGAUGAAACAAGGCAGUAGAUUAUUUUUACAUUAUCAGGAAUAUCUUCAUUUUAUUUAAUAGUUUUUUUCUUACAGAUAAAUAGUUAGCGUUUGUUUCUAAACCCGAAGGACCCUUCCCAUAAUUUAUAUUCUGUCUGCCUAAUGUGCACAAAGUUAAUUUUUACUAUAAUUUUAAAUUCAUGCCUACCAGAUACUGAUUAUCUUCUAGGGUCUGAUGGGCACUUAAAGCCCACUUAAUAACUGUUUUUAAAGAAAUUAGGACAGAAUGUUUCUUUUCUCUCAUAAAGCUGUAAGGUAGCAGGGGAUGCUCUGCUAGGGUGACCCCAGGUUUCUUCUGUGCCCUUCUCUGUGAAACCAAAAAACAGUGUAACAGGCUCCCAGAUUAGAGAAGUGAAGGAUGAUUCUCCCGGGACACACCUGGAGACGUGGGCUGGGUCCCUCAGCUGGGGACAGCUAGGCUGGCCUCGCUGGGAGGGAACCAGCCAAAUCCCCUGGGAUUGUGCCCACAGGUGCCCGUCGCCUUCCAGGACCUGGCCGUGCGGUUCUCCGAGGACGAGUGGCGGCUGCUGGGGGAGAAGCAGAGGGCACUUUUCCUGGACGUGAUGCAGGAAAACUAUGAGACACUGGUCUCCCUGGGGACAGCAGAGCUGCCCCCCCUCUCUGCCUUCCUGUCUCCCACGGAGCCUGGAGGACCCAUGGAGGACGGGAGCUGCUCUGGUGACAGGCAGGAGCGUCCUAGGGGAGGAAGCCCAUUGAGUGGAGCACCCCAGCACAGUCUGCACCUCACCGCCCUGGUGCAGCUGGUGAAGGAGAUUCCAGAGUUCCUGUUCGGGGAAGUCAGUCCCCAGAGUGGGGGAGCCGGCCUGGAUGGGGAGGGGGCUAGCCCUGAGGCAGCUGUGAUGGAGGACACUUGCCCUCUUCAAGGCCCACUUGGCUGCCUUCCGGACACACCCAUCAGCCGGCCUGGCCUGGCCGCCACGCCCAGCGGUAGCUCAUCCAGCGGCCCUUCCGGAGCCAGGGGGCAGGGGAGCCCCUUCCCCACCGAAACUGCUGACAAGCCAAGGUCUGUGGAGGAGGAGGGCCCAGCAGCCCCGGGCGGGGAGCCCAGCCCUCCCACCUGUAGCCCCGGCAGGAGGAAGAGCCGUGGGAAUCGGGAGAGAGGGCCCCCAGGCGCAGGAGCUGCAGAAAUCUCUCCUGGGAACAGCCCCUUGCAAGGCCUCAUCAACUGCCUGAAGGAAAUCCUCGAGCCGGGGCCCCAGCCCUCCGAGGGGCCCCUGGGCGUACCGCAUCCUGUCCCUACUGGUGCUUCGCGGCUGACCAGAGCCGAGCUGGGGCCUGCGAGCCCGCCCUGGGCAGUGAAGACAGAGGCAGCCUCAGGGGAUUGUCCCCUCCAGGGUCUGCUGAACUGUCUGAAGGAGAUCCCGGAGCCCCGGGACAGGCAUCCCAGCCCCUCAGCGGCGGGGGACUCGCGGCUGCAAGAGGACCCGGCUGCCUGGAAGAGGAGUUCUGGAGGGCCCCGACCCCUCCAGACCCCUCCUCCUGGGCCUGGGCCUGGUCCCGGAGCUGGCAGCGUGCUCUCUGUGGUGAAGACGGAGGACGGCUGGGCCCCGAGCCUCCUGUUGCCUGUGUCCUGUCAGCUCAGCAAGCAGAUGCACAGCCCCACUGCUGCUGGCAGCCCUGGGGACAGCGGAGACACCACCCGGGUCCAAGUGUCCUGCUGGGGCCCUGCAGCUCAAGCCGGCAGUGCCUCGAGCUCACCCCUGAAAGCCCUGGAGGCCUGUCUGAAGGGCAUUCCCCUGAGUGGGUCGUUACCUCCCCAGCCGCCCAUCACCUCUUGGUCCCGGAGCCCCCAGCCAGGAGACCCCAGGUCUCAGAGGCCCAAGCUACAGCCCCUCGGAUCACACAGCAAAGAGGUGGUCAUGGGGCCUCUUCUGGCUUUGGGCCUGCAGGGCUGCAUGAGAGACAGCCCCGCCCUCCCCCCAGGCUCCCAAGGCACCCCCACCAGCUUCUCCUCGUCCAGCAGCACUGACGGGGACCUGGAUUUCCAGAGCUCUGAGGGCAGCCAGGGGCACCGGCGUGGGAAAGGAAGCCCUGUGGGAAGCUCCCCGCUCCAGGGCCUGGAGAACUGUCUCAGAGAGAUACCUGCACCUGGGCCGCAGCCUGCCGGGUACCGGUCCUCAGUGGGGGACAGGGGGCCACAGAGAGCAGAGCCUGGGAACUGGACGGCAGACAAGGAAGGAAUGAGAGGCGAGGCGUGCGAACCAGCCCAUCCAGGACAGCAUCGAGGAAACAUGCCCACUGGGAGCCUCCAACUGGCCAGCCCACAGGCGCUUGCCUCUGGCACCAUCCCUACCUGCUUCCAACGAGGCCUCAAAGACCCUGGGGCCACCAGGCCAGGACGGUGGAGGUGGCUCCAAGACGAGCCAGCCUCCAAGCCCUCCCCACUCCAUUGCCUGGAGAACUCUCUGAAGGGGAUCUUGCCUGGGGGGCCCUUGCGCUUCGCCUGCCUGGCCAGUCCCAGCGCCAGCACCAGCGCCAGCCCUGGCUCGAGCUUCAGCAGCUCAGAAGGAGAAGACCUGCGGCCAGAGCCUGAGCUCUGGCAGCCCCUCCUGCCGGAGAGGGACCGCCUUCCCAGCUGCAAGGGCCUUGGCCCUCUGUCCCUGCGCCCUGGCGGCCCCUGCGCUCGCAGCAGCCCUGGUGAGGGCCCAAAGAAAGGCGAGCCCAAGUACCACUGCGGUCUCAGUGCAGCAGGAAAAGCAGAAGAGAAGACCGGAGGCAGGUCCCAGUUGCCCUGGAGAGAAGUGUGCUCGGAGACCCCAGGGACAGCUGUCGAUCCCUGCCCGGCCCCUCAGCUGGAGAAAAGAAGGGGGCCAGAGCCUUGCCAGCCCCCUGGGUCAGCCCAUGGUCCCCUGUCCUGGAAGCCAAGGGCAAGUGAAGAAUCUAGGGGCCUGGGGCCUGGAGACGGAAGACCAGUUGUUACAGCCAGGACCGGCGGGAGGCCCCUGCCCCAAAGUCUGCCCGAGCCGCCCGCCGUGGCCACUGUCCCCCCGGCUCUGCCGCUCGCCUGCCCACAGCCGCCGUGCCCCUGUGGGAGUUCCCUGCAGCAGGAGCUCUGCAGCCUUGGCGCUGCCCUCUUGGAGAAGCUGGAUCGGCUCGAGGUGGCCCUGGCAGGCCUGUCUCAGGAAGUGGCCGCCGUGAGGACCCAGGUGGAUCGGCUGGGGCGGCGCCCGAGGGGCCCUGGGCCUAAGGGCCUCCCCCGGGGCCCUCGCUGGGCCAGUAGCCCUGCUCGCAGACACCUGCCCUACUGGAGGCAAAAGGGCCCCACCAGGCCCAGACCAAAGAUCCUGGGGGGCCCAGCAGAAGGCAGCAGGGCUGGCGACUCGGGCCUGUCCAGCGGGAGGCUGCACCUGGUGCCUCAGCUGCCUCCAGACACCCACCCAGCAGAACCUUCUGGGCCCAGCUCUAGCCCUUCCCAGCAGCCUCUCUCCUCAGCAUGCAGCAGCCGCACCAUGCUGACUGUGCAUCACCCCCUCAGACACACUGGGGGCUGCCAGAGCCCUCCUCCCCCUUCAGUGCCCGCUGCCUUACCCCCCCAGGUGGCCCCUCCCAUGACCAGUGCAGAUGUGGAGCGGCUGGCUGCAGUAGCUGUACCCACCAGGACUCUAAACUGGCCCAAGGAUCCAAGCCGCCUGUUGGCGGGGUUCCAGAGAGCCCUCGAGGGGGAACUGUGGGGUGGGGAACACAGGGACCCGAAGUGGGGGCCUCCUGAUUGCCGUCUUCAUGGGCUCAGUCCUGUUGAGGAUGCUCCACCCAGGCUGCCUCUCCAGGGGGCCAGUCUCCCCCCUCCCCCGCCUCCAGCAGAACCUUCCCCAUAUCUGGGCCGUGAAGGGGCCAGGAGGCUGCCCUUGGUCUGACUGCCCCAGACUCCAGGAUGCUGUCUGCUCAGGGAUGCCACCCUUUGGUGUGCAUCCCUCAGCCAAGCCUCUGGCUUUCCUGACUCAGGUUAAUUUGAAUGUCACUUCUGUCCUUCCUGCCGGAACCCUGGAGCUGGCCAGGGUGGUGUGUGUUUGGGCACGGGCCUGCCAUGUGUGCCUGGGGUGCUCCCAGCAGCUGCAAAGGGGCCAGGAGAGCACGUUUUCCCAACACCUGCUGUCUGGAUCCCAGCGCUGAGAAAGGCAGAACUCCGCCCCCUAGUCUAAGCUGGAUUUACCUAUAUGGAUUCUAAAGUCAAAGAAGGGGGUUUCUAAGGGAAAGGUCCUUGGCUUCUACAGAAAGGAGGUCAGUGGGGCCACACUGGAGUGUGGCUGAUUGGCUGUUACCAGCACUGGAGACAAGCCGGCUCGGCUGCCUGACCUUGCACACCGUGCAGAGAAGUCAUCAAUCCCUCCGCAGGCUGGGGGAGGAGUUCCCGGGUGACUGCUGGGGGCAGAGUGCACACAGCACGCGCUGUACUGGUUCCAGGGCCGCAGUAGUCAGGAGCCUUAAACCACAGACAUUUACAGUCUCGCCAUCCUGGAGGCCAGAAGUCUACGGUCAAGGUGUCGGCAGAGUUGGUUCCUUCUGAGGCUGUUCCAGGCCUCUCUCUUUGGCUUGUCAGUCAGUGGCCGUCCUCGUGAUCCCAGGGCGCUCUCCCUGAGCUCACAUCUCCAAAUUUCCUUUUUGUCUAAGGACACCACCUUCGUGCCCUCACUGGAACAUGGUUGCUUCCGUAAAGACCUUGCCGCCAAAUAAGGUCGCAUUCUGUGGUGCUGGGGUUAGGACUCCAGUAUAUGAAUCUGGCCAGGGGUACACAGUUCAGCCCUUAACACACACACGGGGCUGGGCUUAUCUGGGUUCCUUAAGGGAGAAGAAAGUAUGUCCAGGGUCACUAGGCCUGCUUCCCUGGUGGCCAGACGGGCCUGCUCCGGGCCCCACCCCUCAGGUGGCACUUGAUGGAGUCUCGGAAAUGGCCUGCUGAUCAUCUGCCUCACUUCCCUCCCCAGGGUGAGAUCUUCUCCCAUUCGAGUCCUUACUUGGGAAUCCUUGGGAGGGCUCUGCCUGGCAUGGUUAGCUGUGCUGUCGGGGAACCUGGGUGCAGUACUGAGGCUCCAGCCAGCUCGGGGGCCCAGAAGGGACUGUAGCCAUGAUGACUGCACAAGGGGGGGGGGGGGGCUUGUGGCUGCUGUACCAAGUGUGUCCCUAAAAUCGGGGUCUUUGUGGACACUCAGGGCCUGGCCUGUGCUCCUCGCUGUCCCUGUGGAAGAAGCAGGCUGCUGAUGCUGAUGGGCCAGACAGACAGACCAUCACAGGCGGGUGCUAGAAUGUUCCCAGGACUGGAAUAAGUCCCAAGAUGACUAACCUGAAAGCUAGUGUUGAUAAGAUCAUGUAAGUAGGAUGUUUAAAACACAGUCUCUUCACGUUUAGCCAUCCUAGAGACUCAGGAACAGGAAAGUUCUAGACUUUCCACUCAGGAAGGUGAGACCAGCUCCUUUCCAGGCUGUGCAGGGAGUGGCGCUGGGCACGUUUCAGAGCCAGUACAAAGGGCAGGACUCGGUAGGGGGCGCUCCCUGCACCCUACUCCGCACCCCUCGGGCCCAUCCUCGCCCUCCUGAGCAGGGGUGAUGAAGGCUGCACCCCUGUCUACCUCUGGGUGGCAUUUUAAGGUUUGGAGCUCCAGACUUGACAGAUACCAGCCCCCACACAACCCGGUGCAGCAGGCAGGAAGGACCACAGGGGCCCAGGGGCUGAAAGGGCCUUGCUUGCGGGCGCACAGCCUCCCCCUGGCACAGUGCUCGUCCCCUGGGCACAGCCUGCCCACCUUGGCCUGCUGCGGCCUAGGCCAGAGGCUCCAGAUCCAACCAGACCCUGUAGGAAACUCGUCUUUUUUCAAGAAUGAGGAAAGUAAGUAAUAAAAUUAAAGGGAGACUCCGUGAUCUGCAGCCGUGUUCGUCACCCAGUCCUCUGCCACCUGGACAAAAAGCCUUUAGGUUGUUAACUGCGAGGCCUUCUGGAAUCAGUGAUUUGGUGAAAAGUCUGUAUGCAGUUGAGGAGUUUGGUACCAUGUCCAUCUCCAUCUACUUUGUGAGGAAAUGUGGUCACCUUGGUGGGAGAAACCAGGGGGCCUUUUUGAACUCAGGGAUUUCUGGGUCUGGAGUCGGGGCCAGCUCCACCUGUCACCACCCUGGGAAGUCACCAGAAAACUUUCCUUCCCUUCCAACCCUUCCAGUCACAGUCCUCAGUGUCCCAUCUACCGCCAGCCCACCCAAGGUCACUGUAAACCUGGAAAGUGGCAAGGUCUUGCCUCAACCUGUCAGAGCGGGUGCCCCCCAGUCUCCAGGCCAGCCCUGAGGGGUCCAGUGGAAGGGGGUCUGCAUUAGGGGUGGAGAGGUGUGGGGACACAGUGCCCUGGCUGAGACGCCCCAUGAUGUCACCGGUCUCUCCUGAAGGAGCUUCGCACAAGGGCAGACCAGACCUGCUCCCCACCAGUGUCCUUGUGUUUUAGGUGUGGCUUCUGUAAAUGGCUGACUGUUAGACUUUGUCUUUUAAUCCGGCUUGACAGAUUUUGCUCUUUACUUGGAGCCCUUAAUCCACUUAGGUGUAAUACAAUUGCUGAUGUAUUUGGGUUUGAAUAUACUCUUAUUUUGCGCUUG